AUGUCAGCCUGGCGCCAGGCUAAUACACCCGGAGGCUCCAGUCCCCUACCUCCAGGCCCCGAAUCUCCACCUUCAUCUGCCCUCAUGGUCUCCUCGCAUGUAGGUUGCCCAGGCCUGUGGCGGAGUUUGUCGUCCAUGGCAUAUUCACGAAUACGAUGGCGUACGCCCGCUCAUCUCCGGUGUAGGAUCAUAAAAAAAGAACGCAAUUACAUACCUAUCAACAAAUGCACCAGCUGCCCCUCCCAAAUAGACUCAAUGAGCUCUCAUGGUCAUGGCGUGGCGUUGGGGGAUAAAGCUGAUGGCAUACAGCACGGGAAAGAGGCCAAAAGUGGGCCCUUUGAAGCACUGGCGCCCAGCUGGUUCUUCACAAAUCACAGUCCAGUCACGUCAGUCUUGGCCUCUCGCACAACUCAACUGCGACCUCUCUCCCGGCCAAGUUCCAGAUCAAAAAUGGGAUCCAGACUCAUGUCCAUGAUGGUGCAGAGAAGCGGACUCCGAGUGGGACAAGAAAGAACGUCGGCUCCAUGA